GUUGUCGAAUUGGGAAUUGUAGUUAGAGGUGAAUUUGUGGUAAAAUAAAAUCUAGCAAAUAUAGGAUUUCAAGUUAAGAAUUAAUUAAUUUGUAAUUUUUUAGGUAAUAAUUUUUUUCCUUCUUGAAAUAGCUAAGAUACUUCCUAACUUAAUUUCCUUUUCCAAUUCUGAAACAAAAACCACUCAUUAUAUAUAUACAUGUAUCGAUCGAUCAGCCAAAACAAAUUAAUCAAACCCAAAAUCAAAUUCAAAAAAACAUUCAAAGAAAAAGAAGCAAUCAUCAUAAAAGCUGAUGGAUUCAUCUUCGUCUACCGAUAACGGCAAGAUAAGCUACCUCUGCGCCCGCGGCUGCGGCUUCUUCGGCGCGGCGGAGAACCGCGGCCUCUGUUCCAAGUGCUACUCCGACUACAUCAAAGAGACGAUGAUCAAAUCGGUACCCGCAACAAUCGGCGGCCAACGGCAGGAUUUUGCCCCGCCGCCCGGCGGCAACACCCCGAGGGGAAUCGCGAUCGGUAAAUUGAUCGACGUUUCGAGAACCGGAGCAAUGAUGGAAGUCGACGCCGCCAACAACCCAUCGGCUUCCGCUCCUCCAGCCGUGAAAAAUCGGUGCGGGGUUUGCAAGAAGAAAGUGGGGUUGCUAGGGUUUGAGUGCCGGUGCGGCGGCACGUUUUGUGGGGUCCACAGGUACGCGGAGGCGCAUCCGUGCCAGUUUGAUUUCAGGAGCACGGGAAAGAUUGCUAUCGAGAAGGAAAACCCGGUUUGCAAAGCUGACAAGUUUACGGAUAGGGUUUAA